UUUCUUUUUAAUUAAACAAGGUUUGCAAAAAGUAAGUAAUAAAACUAUAGUAUUCUAGAUGAUCAUGACUUCAGGAAGACUGUUUGUGGAUCAGUGUUAAUGCAGUAAGCAGCUGGUUGAACCAGGAGUAAUCUGUUCAACAAAGUCACUGCUCCAACCUGGAUCUUCCUCUCUCACCUCUCACCUGUCUCUCUUUCUCUCUGUUUUCACAACUCUCCCCAGAAUCCUUCCACCUUUUCUCUGCCAUUUCCAUCUCUCCCUCUCACCCCCCCCUUUCUCUCUCUCUCGCUGUCACUUCUAGUUCUUUCUUUCUCUCCUUGUGUCUCUUAUUUUUCCAUUUCCUCCCAUCUUCUUUUUCACUCUCUAUCUCUCCUCAAUCUACGCUUUUUUUCUCCCUCUCUCUUGACUCUCCUAGCACAUUCCUCUCUUAUUCUCUUUCACCCUUCUCCAACUUUUCUUCCCCCUUUGAUCUCUUUCAUGUCUCCUGUCUCCAUCCUCCUUUUGUCUUCUUCUGUGUUUUUCUCCUCACCCUUUUCCAUUUUUUCAAUUACUCCUCUCUCCCAUCUUUGAAUACAUCACCCAUUCCUCUCUAUUUUCCUCCGCUUCCUGAUUUUCCUCUCAUCUUCUUGUUAACAUUCUUUCUCCCCAACUCCUUAUCUCCCUUAUAUACCCCUCUCUCUCACCCUCUCACCCGUCCUUUUAUACAACCAUCCCAUUCCUGUCUCUUUUCUUCAUCACAUUCCUCCCUUAUUCCUCUCUGCCAUUCUUUAUCCCUCACUUUCUUUCCCUCUUUCUGUCACCUUUCUUUCUCGCUCAACCUUCCUCGCUCUUUUACCAGAACCUUUCUCCUCCACCCCUCUUCUGCUUUACCCAUCUCCCGCUUUCUCUCUCUUUCUCUCUCCCCCUCUCCCUCUCCUCGUCUCUCUCCCUCUUGCAUCGUGUGUGUGUGUGUGUCUUCUGGUGCGCUCCUGUGUUGCGCUCCGUCUGACUGAAGCGGAGGUUGGAUCAGAGGAGCGCGCUCCGUAGGUGCACAGGAGAAAACGCACUCUCGACACUGAGCUGGCCAAACUGACCCCAUUCAUGGAAACAUCGAUUAGGAAAAAAUGGUAAAUAACAAGUGGGGAAACGGAUGAGAAAUUAGGAGAGAAAAGGAAUCAUCCUUUCCCCGACAUUUGCUCCUCAUCCGUGGAGGAGGAGAAACUACACACGGGGAGGGAAACUGGUCCCACUGCUCCUGCUGCUGGGAAAAGUUGGAAAGUGAAGGAGAAAAAAGCCGCAGGGGAGUAAAGGAGCCUCGGGUCUUUCACUGCCACUGCUGCUGCCACCGCUCCUGCUGCUGCUGCUCCUGCUGUCGCUCCUGCCGCUGAACCAUGCACCAUGACUAACCAAACUCAAGGAAUUGCGGGGUUUGAACCCCUGUGGAACUUGAGCGGGUCCUCACUCAACCACUCAGCGGACUUGUUCCCUAAUGCCACAUGCAAUGUGUCCACUAACGAUUCCACAUCCUGUUCCACUCUGGACGAUGGAACCAAACCAGGAAGUCCAUAUAAAGCUCUGGAAAUGUUCUUUAUCGCAUUGGUGACUGGAUCUUUGAGCUUUGUGACUGUGACAGGAAAUAUUCUGGUCAUGCUCUCCAUCAAAGUAAACCGACACCUGCAGACUGUCAACAACUACUUCUUGUUUUCUUUAGCAUGUGCUGAUCUGAUCAUUGGUGUUUUCAGUAUGAAUCUGUACACUGUCUACAUCAUCGUUGGCUACUGGCCCCUGGGGCCAGUGAUUUGCGACCUGUGGCUAGCUUUAGAUUAUGUUGUGUCAAAUGCUUCGGUGAUGAAUCUGCUGAUCAUUAGCUUUGAUCGAUACUUCUGUGUCACCAAACCCCUGACGUAUCCAACAAGACGGACCACCAAGAUGGCAGGGUUGAUGAUUGCAGCGGCGUGGAUCCUGUCCUUUAUCCUGUGGGCUCCUGCCAUCCUCUUUUGGCAGUUCAUUGUUGGAGAACGAACAGUGCCCCCUGGAGAGUGUUAUAUACAGUUCCUCUCCAACCCUGCAGUGACAUUUGGGACAGCCAUAGCGGCAUUCUACCUUCCUGUCAUUAUUAUGACUGUCCUGUACAUCCACAUCUCCCUGGCCUCAAGGAGCAGGGUCUCCAAACACAAGCCUGAGAAGAAAGAAAAUAAAGGACUAAAAGCUCCUAACAUGAUGAAGAGCCACUUGUUAAAACAAAACAACAACAAUGAAAGCAGCCCUCAGGCCAGUCCACGCUGUACACCCAACCCCAGUCUGGACUCCACAGCCACGGUGGUGGAGGCUGUAAAGAAUGGUCAAGUGGAAGAAACCAAACCUCCUGAAACCCAGCCCCCAGCUCAGCAUCAGCCCAGUCCAGGACUGGCACAGGAGGAGAAGGAGAGCUCCAAUGACUCGUCGACAGCUUUUAUUCCUCCCACAGAACCAAAGGACAACAAUAAUCAAGUCGUGUCAGAGGCUGCCACAAAUCACAGCCCAGUUGCCACGACGACCAGCAGUCUAAAUGUGCCCAAAAUCAACCCUAACUCUCGGUGGUCCAAGAUUAAGAUAGUGACCAAGCAGAGUGGGGACGAAUGCAUCACAGCCAUAGAGAUAGUACCGCCUGUUGAGGGCGCCGAAAGGCACUCUAUCCCCAUCUGCCGCCCUCGCACCGUGGCAAGGAAGUUCGCCAGCAUUGCCAGGAGUCAGAUGAAGAGGAAGAGACAGAUGGCUGCCAGAGAGAAAAAGGUGACCAAGACAAUCUUCGCCAUCCUGUUGGCCUUCAUCCUCACAUGGACACCUUACAACGUCAUGGUGUUGAUCUCCACCUUCUGCCAGUCCUGCGUACCGGACACAGUGUGGGCCAUCGGCUACUGGCUGUGCUACGUAAACUCCACAAUCAAUCCGGCCUGUUACGCUCUGUGCAACGCCACAUUCAAGAAGACUUUCAAGAACCUGCUGCUGUGUCAGUAUAAAAAUAUAGGUACAAGAUGAGAUGGGUGGAGGAGACAAGAGGGAGGGUAGAAUAUGGGUGAAAAAGAAAUGCUGCUCAUGAGGUGAGUGAAAGAGAGCUGAGAAGAGAAAUGGAAAGCAGGGUUUAGUUUCUCAUUAGAAUAGGCCUCUGUUUGCAGGAAAUGAGAGGAUCUUUUUUUUCGCCCCGCAAAUGAGUGACAUUCGCCCCAGUUGUUUCAGAUACUUGACACGGAAAAGAACGAAAGCAAAGAGCAGGGAUUGGAAUUGCUGCUCCAAUUCCUCAAUGCAGGAACAAAGCACAUGGUGGAUGGCAAGGUGAAAUAAUUGCAGCAGUAGGUUGUUAUGGUCAGAAAUUAUAGUAGGGAAUAAAUAGGGAGUGUAAAACAUGUUUAGAUCGUUGGAUUGAUGUGUUUGAAUGACAGGUCUAAUGACUGGAUACUGCAGAGUAGAUGCUGGUUGAAAACAUACAUCUAAGGAAAUGUAUGUGUGAAUGGAUGUUGGGAUGAAUGAUAAGGCAUGAUUUAAAAAUCAUAUCAUACACACACACACACAAUUAUAUGGGGGAAAAAACGUGUUUUUAAACGUACUGAAACCCAUUCAGCACCACAGUUUAAAUUUGUAAAUUCAUUUCAUCUAUUAUCCUUUGUUGAGUAACAUCUGUAGCUGUUCGUACUUUCUAAAAUGUGCCUGUACAUACAGAGACUGAAGGUCAAAUAUUGACAACAGUGGUAGAAAAAGCAAUCUUAAAGGCUUAAAGUUCUGUUAACUGUAGAAAAGAGGAACACGUUCCUGCCACAAAGUUUGUGUAUUUGUAGCUCAGUUUACCUGGAAGCAGACAGGCAACAGUGAUAUUAAUGCCUUGCAUUUUUAAAAAGUAUAACAAUCGUGCAAGAAAAUAAAAUGACAUCAGUUGAAAUUAUAGUGACAAAGAUAUUCAUUUUAACUCAAUGAUUCCCAUGUUACUAAUUGAUUUAAAGUCUUUCUUUCUUCAACGGCACUGAAUCACUUUACAGUUCAAUUGGACAAUGACAGGAAUAUUUUUAGUCAGGUGUUGGAGGUCUCUUGCUGGUGCAGCUACAUUUUGUAUCCACUCUUUUAACAUAUUCUCAGCCACGUUUGCUAAGUCUGACUUUUAUGAGGUUCUGCUGUGUACUGAGAUUUGUUUUUCUGUUAAUUGGUUUAAAAGUACCGAUUUCCCCCAGACUGUGUUUUGUGAUCUUGUUGAGGAAGUCUUGCUUACUUAUGCUUUCUUGUGUUUGGCAUGUCUUGCUCCUGUAAACAGAAAUGCCUAGUUUGUUUGCUUACAGAAUCUUAUGAUGCGCCACCUCUGAUUGUCUAGAACUUGUUGCCUUGUUAGGUUUGGUUGGUCAGUCUCCUUGUGUUGCCUUCUCUUCUCCCCUCAUCCAGUGAACACAGAUAACACUGUGUGUUACCUGUCCCACAACAUAUUUGUGGGACCAUUGAGUAAAUAAUUGUGCCCAUUACUAAGCAGCCAUAGGACUCCCAUAGGACACAUAUGAUGCAUAGCAAGACAAAUCUGCUUAUUGAAAAUCUUUUUUUUUUUUUUUUUUUUUAGUGCAGGAACUAAGUGGGCCAAAUAUGUAAACCUUAAAACAAGCUAUGGGUAAAGAUGUUAAUGAAAGACUGGAAUCUGUCUCAAGUGAGGGAUGAUUCAGUGAGGAUUGAUUCAAAACCAUGGGAAGAUGUUGUUCAGUAAAAGUAUAAUUGGUGUUUCUGACUAUUAGUAAUUAUUGCUAAGCAAAUCAAUCGAUUAAUCGACACCGUCUAUCCUUCAUGGUGAGGCGGCAGGGGUACUGGUGGAUAGGUCAAUUGUUUCGCAGCAUGUUUUUGUUGAGCUAACGCUUGUUCCUCUCACCCAUGAUCACAGUUUCUUGUGUUUCUUGUUUCUUAAGAAAACAGAUACAAAUUAUUUUAAUUGGAAGCUAAUGAAAGAAUCCCAUGCUAGUUGUCCUAGCCUAGCAACUUGCAUUCACUGCUGCCUAGUUUUUAUUAUCUACAUAAGAAAUUAAAUCAGGUUCAUGCAGUUUCACAGAAAUUGUCAAGUCUGGUCUUCACAUUGGCUAAUUAACUAUGAAAAUCAGAUAUCUGUCGCUGAUAGUCACCACAACCCCAGACUAAUAAGAUUACAAUCACACAAGGACAAAAAUCAAAGCAAAGAACAUGUGAAGCAGAAGGUUAGAAUAAUGGUAAUGUGGUGUCAUCAGCUUUUGGAGAGCAAAAAGCUGAUGUCUGUCUCACAUAAAAUGGUAAAUUUUAUGUGAGACAGACAGAGAUAGAAUGAUGUGACUGGCAGAAAAAAAACAUGUGCAGUUAUGUGGCUUGACAUUAUUCUACAUCCAAAUGGCAGGUGGUGGGGGACAAGUAUAUAAAAGUGGACAGCAUGAACUCGUUAACUGGUACAAAACUAACAUUUUUGCCCCUGCACCUGUCUGCUAUGGUGAGGGACAACUUUGGCCACCAAUUAAAACCAGUAUAAUCAGUACAGCCAGAGCGGCUCAUUCAUAGUCGUCCACCUAUUAAAUUCUGGUAUACUAAUGACCAUUCUUUAGCUGCAGAGACACAGACCAGACAGAGACAAUGGUUUUACACCGAACCCAUUGUCUGUGUCUUAGUGGUGAUUUGAGGGAAGCCAGAUUCAAAUAAUUUAAGAGAAAAGAAAAAAACCUACUGUAAGGGCACAUUUAAAAAAGUUAUGCCAAAAUUAGAAGUCAUAUAAAAAGUAGCCAAGAAUUACAGCAGAAACAAACAUUUUAAUUAGCCAACAACACAGAAAUUAGCUUUAUGCUAACUCUAUGUGCAAAUAUAGUAGCACAUUAGUUCAUAACCCAGAAACUAUACUAUCUUCUUAAUAUACACACACACACACACACACACACGUCUGUCCUAGACUUUCUGUUCCUACAGCGUCUUCCAUGUAUAGCUCAGCUCGCCAAACUCUGAGGGUCAAGGAUGUUGUAGACUAAGGGGCCCUGUAUUUAUAUAUGAAGCUAUCUAGAGUCAUAAUAGCCCAACAAUCACUAAAACAGCAUUUAAAGCAAGGCUAAAAAUAGUCAAAGAAACAAAGUAAAGUGAAUGUCGAAACUCUGAAUUCUGGCUUUAGGUUGGCAAAAGAUGUAGAAUACUCAACAGCUACUCAAAAUCAUAAAUAAUCCAAUAGAAACUAUCAAUUUAUGCCAGAGUCAGCUAUGGGUUACAGAAUUCAAAAAUAGAAUUAGGUUAACUAGAAGUUCACUAAAUGUAUAGCUAACUCUAAACAGAAAAACACACACUUUCUUAAUGUUAAUUUCUUCUAAUUAGAUAAAAGAACCCAUAAAAUAAGAAGGUAUUAGAUAAGGAAUUGUGAUAUCAACCAAAUAAAGCAGGUUUGAGUUAGCUGAAAUGUAUUAACACAUUGUGUUGACAUAUUAGUUCAUUUAAAAACACCAAAAUGUAACUCAAUAAAUGACAAAUCUUUAAUUAAGCUGGAAUGUCAGUGUGCACCUGCAGCAGCGUUAAUCAUACAGCUCAGUAUUAAAGAUUCAAACUACUGGAACAUUUUAAAUAUUCUCCAAAGUUAAGAAUGAGCAGAAACAUUUUCCAAGGCCGACUGGAAUGACAACCUUUUUUUCUUUGCUGCACAGCUGCUCAUUAACUGCAGAAGAAUAGUCCUGCCGACUGUCACCGUUUUUUCAGGUUCAGGUUCUGCACAUUUCACAAUCGCUCUCGUUAUCCUGGAGAUACUUUUUACCUUUUUCCUUCUUGUGUUGUGCAAGAAAGACACAGAUAGUAAAUAGUAAAAGUUUACAGUAACAGUAAAAACAGCUUGACUUGUUUUUAAGCAGUGUCGGUAAGAUGUCCUUUAAAACAUGGUCCCAUUGCUUUAAAAACAGUCUCUGUUUGGGUUUUAUAAUACUGUAUGUCACAGUUACUAAAGAGAAAAUAUUGGCAUGGAAACUGAAAAGGAAAAAAGGAAAAUAAAAAGAUUGUAAAAGUUCAAGCUGUAUCAUAUUGUAUAUACAUAUAGAAUAAUUGAUUGCUAUGUAAUCAUAACAUCAGUGACUUUAAGUGUUUUAAGGUCCUUGCAGUAAAUACACGCAGUGGUCACCAUAUGAAGUAGACUUGUUGUAUAGACAUAGUCAGGACAAACUUGUAUUGUUCAGAAGCAGAAACAGAAAGAAAGGUGACUAAAGUGACUUAUGAUGAGUGUUGUUGAUUAAACCCUGAAGUUAUACAACCGUUGCUUAGAAAAUUAUUUUGUUAAAAACAAAGAGAUCAGGAGAGCAUCUCCUUACAGACCACACAGAAGCCGUGUGGGAUUUACUAGAUCCCAUGCGUCUUAUGAGAGAGAAUCAGACAGUAGCACUAAGCUGAAGUCUGUGCAGUUGCAUCAUGUGAUAUCUGUGUGCAACACAGACCAGACCGCUGAAAAAGUCCACAGCAUGUGAAAAAGUAUUGCUUGCAAAAUAAAGCAAAUCAGUGAUGAAAUAUAGACAAAACCAGAGCUUUAGCUCCAGAAAAUAAACAUUUAGUGCCCAUCUUUGAUUUCAACUUGAGAGUGUCUGGAAAAACAAGCUACAGCGUUGAAUUGUCAGUUGAUGGGUGUGAGGGGUAUAGCUAAAAGGUCACUCAAAAUUAAUUUAAUCGAAGUGGUCAAAAAGUUAAAAGAGUAGAUACAGGAUAUCCAAGAAAUAUUGUAAGUGAAGGGGCUAAGCAUUAGCCAAAUCAUUUUUCAAAUAAAAAUGUAGAUUAGGUUACAUUUUGGGGAGAGGGUAUUGAUUAGGAGUUAAGCAACAUCUUAAAGAAAAUCAAAAAUACAUCUAGGUAUCGGAAGAUAUAUAACUAAAAACACAAACCAAAACCGUCAGAGUUAGCCUCAAUUGUUUAGGAUUUGAAGAAACUAUAGGAAAAUAAAGUUAGCUCAUAAACAGGUCAAUAUCACUAAAAGGUACCGUUGUCUUCAUCAAAAUCACUCAAUCAUCAGGAAUAUUUUAUUAAAUAGGACUAAGUGUAAAAACUUCAGAUAUGUGGACACCUGUCAGCAGAUGGGAACCAAAUAGUUUAAGUAUUUUUAAUUCCUUUGUAAUAUAAAUGUAUUUAUUCUACUUUGACUUUAUGGACUCGCUUGUAUAUUACCUGCUUAUGGCAAAUAUUUUGAAAAAAAUUCUUAACAGUCUGUGGUCUACUUAAUAGAAUGAAUAUAUAUAAAGUUAGAAAGUAAAGUGGAAAAUCUGGAAAGUCUCAAAGUCACCUUAAAGGCUAUUGUACCAAGUACCAAGUAGCUGUUAAUUAGGAAGAGAUAAGCUGCAUUGAAUUGUACAGGACAAAUUAAAGGUACGAAGAUGUGAAAGAGAUAGAAGUAGGUCAGUAUUGUUAGCUUAGAAAUUCUUUUUAAUAAAUGGUGGAACAAAAUUAUAGUUUAUAAUCGAGAUAGUGGAACAGACAUGGUACAGUUGGCCUGGCUGACCAAUGUACUGUUCCUGCCUUAGUGUGUUUUUGUAGAUGUAGCCCCACUGUUGGUGCUAUAUCAUUAAAUACGUCCAUCAAGUGCAGACUCGAGGCCUGUCAUUCUGGAAUUCUCCAGUUAAAGAUAGUGGUAUCUGCAUGUGGGUUUUAAUUAGUUCUGCUGCUGACAGCUUAAAUCAUCUGCCAGCAGCCGGUUUUCACAGCAGUUGGGACUUAGGCUGCAGCGGCGAGACAAUUGUCUAAUUGCAACUUGAACUAUUAUUGUGUUUGAUGAGGGCAUUCAAGCAUGACAAAAGUUUCACCACUGGGAGGGAAAAAUAUUCAUUCUCAUAUAUCUACGAAUGGUUGUUUUCUUUACUUAUUUUCUUACCCUAACGAUUGCCUUACUGUAGACUAGGGUAGGUUUUAUCACGUCUGACUGAAUCACCGCUUUGCUCCAGGAUUACAAGACUCACAGUUAUUGUAAACUUCAUGCAGACACAGCUGAGUUUAUGUUCAAGCCAUCCAUUGUACCAUUUACCAUUUUCCUACUCAGUUACUUCUUCCCCUACUCUAUCUGCCCACAAAGACCAAGCCUGCACUAAUGACCCUGGACCCGAUUUAUUUUCACAUAUUACCUGCAUCCCUACAUAAAUUCUGUCCUUUCUUCCCAACGCCCAAUGUUAGCUAGCUACCUACCCACCUUGUGAUCUACAUUAUAACCAUCCUUACCUCCUCAUCUUCUCUUCAUCUUUCCUUGUUCUCUUAACCCUGUUACCCUGCCUUAGUGUUUAUCAUACAAAAGCCUACCCACUUAAAUACUUUCAUAUCACCUACACUCUGACCUACAAACAUCUACCUGUAUACAGUACAUGUACUUAACUUUUUUUAACCUAACUACAGUACCUUCCUUGACUAUUUACUGCCCUUAAAUACCUAUAAUAUACCUACCUAAGUAUCCACACAACUCACAUUGUUACUACCUAUCUCCCUUACCGAGUUGCCUAAUCAGUUGCAUAAUUCACGAUUUCCUUCUUUCGUGCCUACCCAUCAACUCCAAAGGGAUCCAUGCGAUGUCACUGCAAGAUUACAACUAGGGAUGGGAAUUGUUCAAAAAAUUGACCAAUUCCAUUUCUAUUAUCAAUGCCACUAAUUGAUACAUUUCUUUAUCGAUUGUGUUAUUAACUCUGUGAUUGAUAGACAGAAUGUGAAAGAUGACACAUUGAUCCUACAUUAAUUUUAUGGUGUGCAUAUCUGCAUGCUCGAGGAACCAACUUUUAGUUUUAUCUUCACUUUCUACCAACAUAUCAACCUAUUUACUGUAUAUGAAUUUCACUAUUACUAUUGGACUUUCAUCUCCCUUGUUCCGAUCUACUUUCUCUACCUAUGGUUUUACUAACCUAGUUUGCUUAUCUACCUUGAAGGAAAUAAUAAUUAGUUAGUUUGCCUUAAACUCUAAAGUAUUGAUCUACACAUUUUUUAUUUUUGCCAAAGAAACUUUAAUCUUCUCAGAUCAAAACAGUCAGCUGCUAUGUUUGCAGUAGUGUGAUGUAUGCAUUCAAUAAUUUAGCACAACUCUCUAUGGAUGCCAUAGAAACCUAAAGGACCCUUGAUGCGACAUAUAAUAAUAUCUCAGUGAAGGGUGGCCAAUAAAAUGAUAUGUGCUACUGCAUCGUUAUGACUUUGCAUAUAUUGGAAUUUAGAAAUUAGGCACCUUCACAGACUCACCUUUAUAGACCCUGUAAUAAUCCCAAGAUGGACAAAACAGAGGAGCGGCAGUGUUUUCAUAACUCAUAGUCUUGUGCUUCUUAUAUUCAGUCAUCCAUAAGGCAAAAUAAAUAACAUAGCUGAAGAGAAAAAAAAGAGGAAGAGAAACCUUUAUUCCACCAUUAUAGUUUAUGUAAUAAAAAAAGGACAUAGGUAUGUAAGUAGUAAUGGGAAAAGUAGCUUAUUAGAAAUAGGGCACGGCAGCCUGAAUGACUGUCAUCAUGCAUGUAUCUCUGCAACCAAGCAUCAAGGUGAACUUUCAAGGAUGAAACUCCACCUUGAUGUUCCAUGUAAGUAAGUACUGUAGGUUCCUUGGAGCCACGAAUCCCUGCAGUUUGUACUGCUGCAUCAUAACUUUGUACCUCUUGUACACACUUUGCAUCUUUGUAACAUUGCGUCCUUGGGAAUUUCAAUUUCUGCAUCUUGGCAAGUUAAUGACCUUGCAUCCUUGUGUGCUUGUAACCUUGUGUACUUUGUGUCCUUUGCUUUAUGGCAUCCUUGCACGGUUUUGUUAGUGCUUCCAUGCACCCUUGGAACU